AUGUGGGAACAAUUCCAAUGAUUCAGAACCUAAGGGGUCAAGAAUUCCUCUACCGUGGGAGCUUUUGCAGCCAAUUCUUAGAAUUUUAGGACAUUGUUUAUUGGCUCCUUUGAAUUCGCAAGAUGUUAAGGAUGAAGCUUCCGUUGCUGUCAGGUGUUUAUAUGCGAGGGCAUCUCAUGAUUUGGUACCGCAAGUAAUAUUGGCAACUCGUAGUCUUAUUCAACUUGACAACAGAACUCGUGCAGCUGCAAAGGCUGCAGCAGCAAAUUCUUCUUCUAAUGCUAAUACACCCAGCAAAGAUAAGAAACCAGAAAUCCUAUUGGUCUCAAAAUGAACGAUUUCAAUGUCAUUCGGUUUGCAGAAAUUGGACUGGAACUCACUGCCACAACAAUCAACCUCCUCUUUGGUAUGGCCUUCAAUGCGUCGAUGGCCGAGUCACGGCGAUAUCGUUGGAUGGUUUGGGAUUGGUGGGGAAAAUUAAAUUCAGUGCAUUCAACAAGUUCACUGAAUUGUCGGCUUUAAGCUUGAAGAAUAAUUCAUUGUCAGGAAAUGUAUUCAGUUUCACUUCCAACCAGAAGAUGAAGACUAUAGAUCUAUCAUCCAAUGCAUUCGAUGGGUCGAUUCCGGUUUCUCUUGUGAGUUUAAGUUCAUUGGAGUCAUUGCAGCUUCAAAACAACAGGCUUACUGGUUCCAUACCUGAACUCAACCAGUCUUCCUUAGCGUUAUUCAAUGUCUCAAACAACAACCUCAGUGGUUUCAUUCCAAGAACAAAGGUUCUUCAAUCGUUCGGUGCUGGAUCCUACGGUGGUAAUCCUGGACUCUGCGGUCCACCCACCGAUGCUGUCUGCAACUCAUUCAUAAAAGGGUCAAAAAAUGCAGCAGAACCUCCUGAUACUAAUAAAGCCACUAACGAUAAUUCUUCUUCCAAGGCUCAUGUCAUUUUGUUGCUAAUUCUUGUUAUUGUACUUUUUUUUGUUGCUAAUCUAUUGCUGCUCCUUCUCUACUUCAAGAAACAUAGAGAGCUAAAGGAGCUCAUAAAGAAACUAGGCAGUAAUGAAACAAAAGAGAAGAAAAAUGAAAGCAUGAUUGAUAUCUCAAUUCAAAACCAACAACCUGCAGCAGCAGCAGCAGCAGAUGAAGGAGGGAAGCUCAUCUUCACGGAGGAGGGAGAAAAUUUCCAACUUGGAGAUCUUCUAAAAGCUUCAGCUGAGGGACUAGGUAAGGGGAUAUUUGGAAAUAGUUAUAAGGCUAUGCUUGAAGGCAGGCCGCCUAUCGUUGUCAAGCGGCUCAGAGAUCUGAAACCGUUAACCCUUGAUGAAUUCAUGAAGCAAGUACAACUCAUUGCUAAGCUAAGGCACCCAAACCUGCUUAAACUUGUUGCCUAUUUCUACACCAAAGAAGAGAAGCUUUUGCUCUACAAAUAUGCAGAAAAAGGAAACUUGUUUGAUAGAAUUCAUGGAGGCAGAGGUGUGGGGAGAGUUCCGUUCAGGUGGAGUUCAAGAUUGAUUGUUGCUCUAGGUGUGGCAAGAGCUUUAGAAUUUCUCCAUCUCAAUAGCAAGCCAAGUACCAUGAGUGUCCCACACGGAAACUUAAAAUCUUCAAAUGUAUUACUUGGAGAGAAUGAUGAGGUUCUUGUUUCAGAUUAUGGGUUUGCUUCACUUGUUGCCCUUCCCAUAGCAGCACAAUGCAUGGUUUCAUACAGAUCACCUGAAUAUCAACAAAUGAAAAGAGUAUCAAGAAAAUCAGAUGUUUGGAGCUUUGGUUGCCUUCUUAUUGAACUUUUGACAGGAAAAAUCUCAUCUCAUUCAGCACCAGAAGAAUCUCAUGGAGUUGAUUUAUGUGCUUGGGUUAAUAGAGCAGUUAGAGAAGAAUGGACAGCAGAAAUAUUUGACUCAGAAAUAGCUUCGCAAAGGUCUGCUAUUCCAGGAAUGUUGAAUCUAUUGCAAAUUGCAAUACAUUGUUCAAAUAUUUCACCUGACAAAAGACCAGAGAUGAGUGAAGUUGUUAAAGAGAUCGAAAACAUCAAACUCAUAGAAAAUGGAGAAGAAUAUAGCUCUUCGUUUGAUAGAUCCUUAACAGAUGAUUCAAUGUCCACGGUUGGCUCUGGGAUUGCAAUGGAUGAGAGAUGAAAGAUGCCAACUACUUCAGUUUAAUCCAAGUUUUUAAGAACUUGUCUUAGCAUAUUGUUAUUGAGAUUCUUCUCUAUCCUAUAAUUUUCUUCUUUAUGUAAUAUGAAUAAGGCAACCAAGUAUUUGUUAUUUCUUAGAUUGUGUGGAUUGGAAAUGCA